CUUACAUUCUCUGUAUUGAUUCUGGACUGUCAAUUUUCCAUUGGAUAAAACCGUUAAUCGUUCUUAUAAACAAAUUCCUUACAAAAACAUAUUCACUACUAAUUGGAAAUCUGGCAUAAAAGUUUUAUUUCUGUUUUGUUUUAUUCCAGACGUGUGUUCACUUUGAUUAAUAAUUGGUUUGGAUUAAUUGUCGAAGGAACGUAUAUAAAAAUUGAUAAGAGCCAUAAAGACCAUUCAUCUUUGAUUGAACAUUGAUUGAGGAAUUCUACGCAAGGACUUCGUUUUAUAUAUGGUUUUAUCCUGCUGCUUUCUUUCUGUCAAUCAAAUGACAUCGGACAUGAAUUGUUUGUAAGAACUUGUUAUCAGCAGUCUUGAAGACCAUGCAAAUAGUUCAGACAUGUAAUAAUUGAAAGAGAGAGGAUUUGUUGAUAUCCAUGGUAAUGGUUUCUAUGAUAGGCAACUAAUCUUUGGAUAUUAUUUGUAACAAGAUGUCCUCUCCGCCAAUCAUAUAGCACAGACAUAUAUACAAUCCGCCAAGAAUUUCGACGACUAAAUCCAAACAGCUAAUUACUAAAUUAAUUUAAGGGAGCACCGAGUCGAGACGUUUUCUAAACUUAGUCAGUCCGGUCAUGUUUCAGGGAUUACUUACCAUAAUAUUAGAUCUUCGUCUUCUGGGAGUUUGGAAUAAAAACGUUGUCAUCUACGUUCUUUGUGUAGAUAUAGCUAUUUUACGGAGUGUCACUUCAGAUCUUAUACAAAAAGCUAUACCAACAAAGGUUGUCAAACUUUGCAUUUUCAUCGAAUAAGGCUGUUCCGAGAUGUAACGGAAUCGCUAUUGAUACAGUAUAAUUGUGUUAACAUUAGGAGCACAUUUUUAUUACACGAUCUAAUUACGAAAUAUCAGAGUAUGAUACAUUUGUAAGAAAGGCUAUGGAUUGAGUAUGAUUUAAUUAACACAUUUUACACUUCAAACAUACCGUCUUGGUUCUUUGAAUAAAAUAGAGAAGGAACGUAUGACUGAAUGACCGAUCAAUGAUGACUUAAAACUAACACUUCACAAUUAAAUUACAUCUUUGAAAGAAGAAAAUAUUGACCGAUCUAAGUAUUUCAACAGUUGUGUCAUGUGUGUCUGCAGGACAAUCAGUACAUCUUUUAACAAGAAAUAUCGAAAUCAUUCUGUGUUAUAAUAGUACGGAACAUAUACGCCUUUAGAGUUAUUGGGAUGUUUUAUAAUUGGUUAUGUAUAAUUAAUCCAUAAUGCGAUGCAAGUUCUAACCAUAGGGAAAUCAGAUCUUCGUAAUUAACGAUCACUCUUUUAACAGAGUACUAUUACAGAAUGCACCGUUUUAGAGAUAAACACAGUUUAAGAUGUCUUCCAAACGUAAAACAGUGAGUCAAAGGACACCUCCUUAGAUACCGUUGUUUAAGAACCGUACUCGCCAUGAACAUAAGUACCAAUCUAGAUAAGUCAAUCUUGCCAAACGACAAUUCAAAUUAUGAAGUCAAGCGUGGUAUUUCCGACACAACGAAAAAUACAGCUGAUAUCGGAACUACGUUUUCUAUGUCGGACUUAUGGCCGUUCAUAUGUGAUGACAACGACACCUGGUGUCUGUUUAAUGAUACAUCAUGGAUAUCAAACAGCACAGCGGAAGUAACGACAGGAUUGACGACAGAUAUGGUAACACUAAACACUACCGGUGAUUUUCAUAAUUCUACAGUUGAAAUAGAUACACUUUCUGCAAAUAGAUACUGGCUAUUAGCACUGUUGGUUUUCCCGCUUUUAACCGUGUUUGGAAACGUCCUUGUCGUUAUGAGUGUAGUUCGUGAAAGACAAUUGAAAACAGCCACGAAUUAUUUUAUAUGUUCCCUUGCCGUAGCGGACAUAAUGGUAGCCGUAGUAGUAAUGCCACCAACUGUUUACUUAGAGGUUGUACAGUCAUGGUUACUAAGUGAUGCGUUAUGUGAUGCAUGGGUGGCGUCUGACGUCAUGGCGUGUACAGCUUCUAUAUUAAAUUUAACGGCCAUUAGUGUAGAUAGGUUUAUAGCAGUGACACAACCAAUCAAAUACUCGAAACAUAAAAAUUCCAAACGUGUAUUUGUGACGUUAGCAUUGACGUGGGUUAUUUCCGUAGCAAUAGCAGCACCUAUAGCAUUAGGUGUUAACUAUUCCGAAGAAAGGAAGCCAGGAUUGUGUCAAUUUUUUAAUUCUGAUUUUCUGAUUUAUUCUUCCAUGGGAUCAUUUUACAUACCUUCCAUUAUAAUGAUGUUUUUAUACUGGCGAAUAUGGAGAGUUUUACGUAUUCGUGCAAAAGCACAGAAAAAAAAGAAAGCAAAAGCGACAAAGACAGCCACUUCAAACGUUAUAGAAAAUACCGCUACAAUAAAUGCCACAAAAACGGAACCUACCAUUAAAACAGGUUUAGCUAAGAGCAUGGACAAUGGUAAAAUAUCCACGUACAAUACUAACAAAGCCCCAAACCAAUUAUUAAUUCCUGUCUGUGAUGACAAUGUCAGUAAUAUGGCCACAAAUACCGACUCCAGUGAACGGUAUAAUGACGAUGAUAGUGGCCAAAAAAGUCCGGAAAGUGCUGACGAUGCGGACGAGAAGGAGGCAGAGUUAAUCAUUAACCCCGUUGCUGUUAGGCAUGUAGAAAUACAAAUUGACGGCAAUGGAAAUGGGACAUGUAAUGUAGACACUCAAAUGGAAACAGAGACAAAGUUUUCAUCCACACCGUCCUCGGAACGUCGAGGAAAACCCGGAGAGUUUGAACAUCAGUGUCAGUUAAUUCCUGCCAAUGACACAAGAGCAGUAAACCUUUCAAGGCGAAAGGAAAAACGUACUGUAGGAAAAUAUUUUCAUAGACGAACGAGUAGGAAAAGGAAAGAAAAAUCAUCAUCAAAGCGAGAAAAGAAAGCCACAAAGACAUUAGCCAUCGUUUUAGGUGUUUUCCUCUUUUGCUGGGUUCCAUUUUUCACAAUCAACAUAACAAACGCCAUAUGCAUCAAAUUUAAACAUAACCUCUCGACAAAUCCAAUAUGUCAGCCGAAUAUGAUCCUUUUUAGUGUCUUUGUCUGGUUAGGGUACAUAAAUAGUUUUCUUAAUCCAGCGAUCUAUACAAUAUUUAAUCCAGAAUUCAGGAAAGCUUUCAAAAAAAUUUUAACCGAUUGUUGCAAAUGAGACAACUGUGUGAUACCUUAAAUUUAAUGUCAAAUGACGUGGCAUACAAAUAUACAUAUUCAUAAUGUGUGAAAUAUUCCCUUUUUAUAAUGAGAGUAUGUCCAUGCAAACGCCAUGCGUAAUAUACAUUUAGUGAGUAAAAUGAAUUGUACAUAUUGCCAAUGAUUAAGUGACAAUCGUUGUAUGGGCGCAUAAUUUGACUAAGAUUGACAGACAAAACCUUAAGUGAUUAAAUCACGUGAUCAGUUAUUAAAUGUUAUUGAAGUAUGAUGCUGGCUUUGCUUAAAAGGUAAACAGAAAUAAGAACCUACAUGCGAGAAUAAUAAGAGCCACGCGUACAAAAGAAACAGUUAUGGUAAAAAAAGUGAACGAAAAAGUAAAAACAACUUUACAGUGGAGACUUUUUAACCUCUCGGUACAAUAGGAAUAUCGACAAACAUUUUAUGCGAGUUCUUUGUCGGAAAAGGUUGUGAGUUUAGAAAUGAACAAUCAACCAGACAAAGUUUGUUUUGUUUUAUUUGGUGCAAUAUAAUAAAAACUUGCCACGAUUAUUUCCUUAUCAAUAGUGCUUGUUGCACUUAGUAAUCCUACACAGGACUGUGUAUCAUACUAUGAGUGACUUGGUAGAUUUAUUUCUAUGGAAACUAAACAAAUAAGGCAAGCCUUAUUCAGAGCUACAUUUAUAUUGUUUAUAUUGUUGACAUUGUAAUUAGAGACUGUGUAAUAAUUCCAGUUGUGAUCAUUAUGUAACAUAUCUAUUUAUUGGAAGACACUGAAUAUAAUAAAAUUGUAACACGUUUCAUCUGAAACUAGA